AUCCCAUCUCCCCUCCAAAUCUCCACCGAAAGAUGGCUUCCACCGAGCUAAAACACCGAAAAACAGACGACUCCUCUUCCCCCACCGUCCCCGCCGCCGACAACGGUGGUGCUAAGAAAGCGAAGAACAAAGCCAUAACCAAACGAGGCCUAAAAUCUCUAGCUCUUGCCAUCACCAUCCCCAUGUCCCUCACUCUCCUCUCCGUCUUCCUCCUCUCUAACCCCAAAAACUACUACCCGGCCUCCGCUGCGAGACCUUUCUGGAUUCCGUCGGCGAAGGUCGUCAAUUGGGGGUCUUUGACUUCUAGCUUAUUGAUGGGCGUCGCGGCCUGGCUGGUCUGGGCGGAGGGAGGAUUCCACGCCAAGCCCAACGCCCUCUACCUUUAUAGUUUGUACUUGGCGUUGUGCGUGGCAUGGUAUGCUCUCGUGUUUGGGGCUGGCGCGCGACGGCUCGGCUCUUUGGCGUGUUUGGGAAAGACGGCAGCGUUGGUUGGGUGCGACCGGUUGUUCCGGGGAGUGAACCCGAUUGCGGCGGACUUGGUUAAGCCUUGUUUGGUUUGGUCUGUUUUUCUUACUGUUGUGAAUCUUACUAUGGUUUCUCUUUGAAGUCUAAUAAAUAUUUGGCAUGUUGUCUUCAUGUGGUUUUGUUUAGGACUUAUGUUGUUUGGUGCUGGUUUGUAUUACAGUUCUUUUUUUCUUUCUAAAUAAAUCAUGUUGUGAUAAAUCAAGGACGUGUCCCAUUAAAUUAUUGAAAUUUUGUGUUUGUUGUUAUUUAGGGUAAGGUUGGGAGUGACAAAAA